AUGUAUGUGCAUUGCCAACUCACCCGGAUGUGCGCCGAGCCAGGACGGAUACGGGGUAAAGCCGACAGCUUACAGGAUGAGGUAGUGGUCAUGAUCCUGAUGGUGGUGGUGUUCUGCAAAAGCGCCCAGGGCCAGGAGUGCUGUGCCAAGAACACAGUCAUGGGAGGCACCGAAAAACUCCGCAAAGUCUUCGGACUCAAGCCCAAGUCCUCCUCCGCCAACCUUCAACCUCAGCCCAUCACCCCCGACAACUUCAACGACAACGAUCUCAACGCCAACGGCAUUUACUCCACCAACGGAGGCUACCAGUCCUACACCCCCAAUGGCUCCUCCGCCUUUGCCUCCAAUAACUAUGGCCAGACACCUGGAUUGAGUUCCAUUUCUGAGUUGCCAGCAAAUGAUUACGGGAAUGGCUACACCCAUCAUUCACCAUCGCAUCAGGGACAUGGACACCAGCACAGGAAGUCCCUCCCUGCACAGGCAAGACCCGGUCCGAACCCUCAGUAUCCUCAUGAUCCGAACGCCUAUUACCAGCAUCAUGAUCGAAGCAGCGGCAAUCUUUCUCCUCAAGAUGCUGUCCAUUCCCAAAACGGCAGCAGCAAUCGCGACCGCCGCAGCGCCAGCCUCGGUUCCCGCCUAAGUCUGAGCAACUUUGGCAGCACAAGCAGCAACAGCAGUCUCGGGAGAAGCAGCGUAACAACCAUGUCCACCAUGUCCUCCGCCGCCACUUCGCCCGGCCCCGCAUCUCCCCACCAUCUGUCCCAAUCCCAGCACCCGCACUGCCUAUCUCCGGGCUAUCAACCCGGAGGAAGUCAAACCCAACAACCAAACUCCCCUCGCUACCCCGGCCAACCUGUUCAUCAGGACCCCCAAGCUCAGCAGCAGCAGCAGCAGCAGCAUGACCAAGCCAAACACCGUAACCCCCUAUCGUCGUCAAGACACAGAACCACAAGCCAACAAUAUCCCCCACAACACAACGUCCUCCACAAACUCAUGCCAUCCGUCCAACCCCCCUACCCCGUUUCCGAGCGCGGUUCCCCCCCUCCUCCCCCUCACUCACGCUCUUCCCACUCCACAUCCACCUCCACCUCCACCUCCAACCCUCUACACAACCUACACUCCUUCGCGAACCGCACCUCCUCCCAUCCAUCCCACCCCCAUCCAUCCCCCCUCCAGCCUCUCAACCCCCUCCAUCCAGCCCAACCUCAGCAACAAUCCCCAAGCGCAGCCGAUAUCCGCCGCACAACCAAACUCCUCCGCAGGAUGUUCGAACUCCGUCUCGAACAAUGGGCACUCACCCACUCGCACGAAUCCGAUCAACAUCUCCUUCACGAAAAGCAAAGUCAAGUGGAUGCCGUCCUCUCCGACAUUUUAGGCAACGUGCGGGGUUGGGGAAUCGAAAGGGGACGAAACGAAAAAAACUGGACGGAUGAUGAGUGGGAGGAUAUUUGUCUUGUGAGGGAUGUGUUGGCUGAGAUGAGUGCACCGUCUGGUGGUGGGGGGCAAAUGGGGAUGGGGAUGGAGAUGGGGAUGGGGAUGGGGAUGGGGAUGGGGUAUGGGAUUGGAGGGAGACGUGUUCAGGUCGAGGUUGGAGGA